AUGUUCAAACUCACCUCUCGACUCGUCACGUCUAGGUUUGCCGCCUCCUCCAGACUAGCCACUGCUCGCACGGUAGUGUCUCCUCGGCCCAUCCAGUCUUGGAUCUCUUUGCCGGCCAGACGAUUCAAUUCCACGGGCCCAAAUGGCAACGAAGUCUCGGAAAUCCAGACCCAGUUGCCCUCCAUCGAUGAAUUGACCUCCUCUGCCUCCUCUCUUUCCGCUUCCGCCUCGGACCUCAUUGCCAACACGAGUCAAACUGUGGGCGAACUCUCCUCUCACAUGGGCUAUCUAAAUAGUAUCGGCAUGGCUCAGACCUGGUAUUGGCCCUCCGACAUCAUCCAGCAUGUCCUGGAGGCCGUUCACGUCUACUCCGGUCUGCCUUGGUGGGGGACCAUCGCCGCCACCACCAUUCUCAUCAGAUGCCUCUUGUUCCCCCUCUACGUCAAGUCCUCUGACACCGUUGCCAGGAAUUCCCACAUCAAGCCAGAACUGGAUGCCUUGAACAACAAGCUGAUGUCCACUGCAGAUCUGCAACAGGGCCAAUUGGUCGCCAUGCAAAGGAAAAAACUGCUUUCCUCGCACGGUAUAAAGAACAGAUGGCUGGCCGCACCCAUGCUGCAAAUCCCCAUAGCUCUAGGGUUUUUCAACGCAUUGAGACAUAUGGCCAACUACCCCAUAGAUGGGUUCACUAAUCAAGGAGCCGCCUGGUUUACUGAUUUGACACAGGCGGACCCUUACUUGGGUUUGCAAGUGAUUACCGCCGCGGUGUUCAUCUCGUUUACAAGACUCGGUGGUGAAACCGGUGCUCAACAAUUCAGUUCUCCAAUGAAGCGUCUUUUCACCAUUCUCCCCAUCAUUUCUAUACCGGCCACCAUGAACUUGUCAUCCGCCGUCGUUCUAUACUUCGCAUUUAAUGGGGCAUUUUCUGUCCUGCAAACCCUCAUCUUGAGAAAUAAGUGGGUCCGCUCCAAAUUGAAGAUUACAGAAGUGGCUAAACCAAGAACACCCGUUGCUGGCCCUUCAUCUACGGAAAAUAUGGGCAUUUUCCAAUCUUUGAAACAUAAUAUCCAAAAGGCAAGAGACCAGGCAGAAAGAAGGCAAUUGAUGCAGGAUAAUGAAAAACAAAAACAAGAAAGCUUCAAGGAAAAGAGACAGAACUCGAAGAUUAAAAUCGUCCACAAGUCGAAUUUCAUUAAUAACAAAAAAUAA